CAGCUGCUGCAGUAGCUGAAUGCGGUUUGCGGGGAGGGCCUGAAGCAAGCGCAACCCGUGCGGAUAUUCGAUUAGCCAGAGAAGACCCGAAUGAGAUGUGAAAAGGGGGGAUUCGAUCGCGUUGUAAUGAGAAUUGGUGCGAGCGCGGCGCACACGCGAUUGUCGAGUGACGUGCGUCGGCGGUGCGCGCGUGUCGUCGACCGUUGGGUUAGUGGUUGGGAUCGCCUCUGUUCUCGGUCACCGGGGGCGCCGGUAGCUCUGGCUAUGGCUCUGCCUGUUUGAGCCUUCGAGCAGCGGCGGCGGCAGCAUCAGCAGGCAGUCGAGGCAGUGACGCGCGUCGCCCGUAAACACGGCCGCCAUAAUGCUAUGCGACAUCAUGGACGGUGGUGUGUAAACAUUAGUGACAAAUAACGUGCUCAAAAAUGUGAAUCGUUUCCCGAACUUCCGUUUCAGCAACGCGGGUGUUUAAUCGUGCGUGUCGGCCAGUACUCCACAGCGCGCACCAGUCUCGCCGUACUCGGCCAGCAAUUACGACCGUCGUCUUGCUCGAUACCGCGGGUUAAUCUUGUGCUUGUGCCCCUCGCGAGCCUGCUAGCCUCGCGAGGAGUAGUCGGUUCGUUCCUUCGACCGAGAGAGCCUAGCGCCGUCCACUGCAUGCAUGCCCACAUUGGCGUGGGGCAGCGGCGACUGAUUUCACACAAUAUCGGCCAGUCUGACGGACGGGGAGCGAAUUCCGCCGAUAGCCGAGGCGCAUCGUAUCGCCUACCUGCCUCGCUCGAUCCGCACGAGAGUUUAGAUCGAUUCCGGGGGAUUAUCGAGCCUGCGUCGAUCCUCGUUACGAAAUACACGCAUAUACACGAACAGGGGAUCGUCGGAUCCUGAGGAGAACGUUGGGAGAUUUACACUACGAGUAACCGCCAACAAACAACAAACGCUCGCCGCACGCACUCUGACUCGUUGCAAUUGACAGUGACGUAUCUUUACUCGAGGUGCUUCUCGGAACCCCGUCCUUUCGCCAACUUAAUCGUCGAAGGAGAAAAACCAGCAACUCGCAUUCGCGGAGAGAACGUGGAAGGUGGAGACGGAGGAGGUCUUAAUACUCGCGAACAGGAUUCAAACCCCGGAAUCGACGACCGUUUUGAAAAUAUUCUGAGCCAGUAAUAAAUCGCGAUGGACGACGAGGAGGGUUCGUCGAGUUCGGGUCCGAUGUCGUCCCUGAACAGUUUGUUCUCGUUCACGAGUCCGGCGGUAAAGAAACUGCUGGGAUGGAAGCAGGGCGACGAGGAGGAAAAGUGGGCCGAGAAGGCGGUCGACUCGCUUGUGAAGAAACUGAAGAAACGAAAGGGCGCGAUCGAGGAACUCGAGCGAGCUCUGAGCUGCCCUGGGACGCCGAGCAAGUGUGUGACGAUACCUCGGAGCCUGGACGGUCGGCUCCAAGUCUCGCACCGGAAGGGUCUGCCGCACGUAAUCUACUGUCGCGUGUGGCGGUGGCCGGAUCUUCAGUCGCACCACGAGCUCAAGCCCCUCGAGCUCUGCCAGUACCCCUUCUCGGCGAAGCAGAAGGAGGUCUGUAUCAACCCGUACCACUACAAACGCGUCGAGAGUCCGGUUCUCCCGCCCGUUCUGGUCCCCCGACACUCCGAGUUUGCCCCGGGCCACUCGCUCCUUCCCUUCCAGCAGCUUCCGGAGCCGACAAUGCCGCACAACGUCUCCUACUCCUCGAGCGGCUUCAACUCGGGGACAGGCGUCGGCGUGAACCCGACGUCCCCGCUCUCCUCCGUCGGCUCGGUGCCCAGUCCGGGCAGCACGACAUCGCCGAACCCGCAGAGCCCUUACGGUAGUAACGGCCUGCCGGAAACACCACCGCCGGCUUAUUCCCCUCCGGAAGACGGCUCGCAACACGGACAGUCGCCGCCUCCUGACGCCACGGCGAUGGAUACGGGUGGCUCCGCCGAGGUAGCACCCGUUUCGUACCAGGAGCCACCCUAUUGGGCAUCGAUAGCCUACUACGAGCUGAACUGCAGAGUCGGGGAGGUCUUCCACUGCCAGUCGCACUCCGUUAUCGUCGACGGAUUCACCAAUCCCAGUAACAAUUCGGAUCGGUUUUGCCUUGGGCAGUUGUCGAAUGUAAACAGAAAUUCGACCAUAGAGAACACCAGGAGGCACAUAGGAAAGGGGGUUCACCUCUACUACGUAGGCGGUGAGGUGUACGCCGAGUGUCUAUCCGAUUCGGCCAUUUUUGUACAGUCCCGGAAUUGUAAUCACCAUCACGGAUUUCAUCCCAGCACCGUAUGCAAAAUACCACCAGGAUGCUCGUUGAAGAUAUUCAACAAUCAGGAGUUCGCGCAGCUACUCUCGCAGAGCGUUAAUCACGGAUUUGAGGCCGUCUAUGAGUUGACCAAAAUGUGCACUAUUAGGAUGUCUUUCGUCAAGGGUUGGGGCGCUGAAUACCAUCGCCAAGAUGUCACCUCGACUCCGUGCUGGAUUGAAGCGCAUCUUCACGGCCCUCUUCAGUGGCUAGAUAAAGUUUUAACCCAAAUGGGUUCACCCCACAACGCGAUAAGUUCCGUGUCAUAGACGUUAUUGGAAACUUGUCGUUCGCGCGCGUUCGAUGAAGCAAUCGCAUGCGUAUGCGGUCAGAGAAAUGCCGCCGAGACUUCCGUCAUCCUUAGAAAUUUAUUUUCCAAAUACCCCCAAGCGAUAGAGAGAAACUAAUGAUGAUCCUCCAAUGAGUACGUGGUGUAACGGAAGUAGAAAAAAAGAAGAAAACACAGAUCAAUGACGCGCCAAUGAGUAAUUGAAAUUAACUUUACGAUUUUAUUGAAUUAUAUAGUAUAUAUGAUAAUGCAUAAGAUAUAUAAAAAGAGAAACAAUGAUGAUAAUAAAAAUAAUAAUAAUAACAAUAACAACAAUAAUAAUAAAAGUAAAUAGAAGAAAUAAAUGAAUUUAAAAUGCGUAUUUGGCAUUUGUCAAAGGGCGUUUUACCGUCGCAAAAUUUGUUCAUCGUCAAUUGUAUAUAGAGAGGGUAUUAACUACAGUGGAUAGAUAAUCAUUCACACUUCUAUAUCUAUGCAUACAUUUCAUACACGUUAAAAAUGAUCCCAACUGUAUACACCGAUUGAAAUUCGCUGGUCAAAUUUGUAUCAGGGUGUAAAAGAAAAGAGUAAACAUGACGUAGUACAAUUUAUUUUGUCCAUUAUAGAAAUAUUACUGUUUUGAAAAUUUCUGAGCUUGGGUAACCUGGGGAUUUUUUUUUUCUUUUCAAAUCCAUUUAAGUUUCUGCACCAAGAUUAUUUAUGAAUACUUAUUUUAUUACUGUCCGGAAUAAUGCCGCGUUUUCGUAUUUUUGUGCACAUUACUUCAAUAAAUACUUUUUAUCUAUUCUUUUCAAGCCGACUACGUUCAUUUUACGUUUUUAUAUCUGUUUCGUACUACAAGAAAAAAAUCACAACUUCAUUGCAUUUAAUAUACAGUAGAAGACAGUUUCUGCGAAUUUGAUUGAUUCCGCGCUAAACAAUCAACCGAUUCUUGUAAAUGAAUAGUAUAUUGAUCAAUACUGAUUUGCUUGGCAUCUUUGCACAGAGUUUUUAUCCAGACAAUUUGCUGACAGAGAUUUGCUGCACCUUUUGUGCCUCGUAAGCACUAUACUCUGUUUUUGAUAUCUACGUUUGAAAGCUUUGUCUCUUGAAUAUCUCAUCUGUUGUGGUCAGAGGUCUUCACCAUAGUGCUACUCACUCACUCACUCGUAAGAUUUAUGUAACUGACUAUGAAAAUUGAAACAAUGAUCGACUAUUUUGACUUUCGAAUUAACCAUUUGACUAAAACCCUUCCCUCGCUACAAGGUAAAUAAUUCGCCACGAUGAAAUUUAUUAAUUUUUUAUCAGUGUUUGUCAAUCCUUUUAAACACCAUAGGUACUUUGAUCCGUAUUCCAUGAUGUUGUGCACAUCUGAAUGUUCUUACGACUAUUCAGUUGUGAGUAAUUUCUAUUAGUUUAUAAGUUACGCACAACUGUACACGGCUAUUCAACAGAUCAAAAUUACACUUUCGAUCAUGUCAAGAUGUGAUUCGAAUACAACUGCAAAAAUUAUAACGCGAUUAAUUUAGGAGAGGGUUGAUUCUUUUUUUAAACAAUCUUGAUUCUACCCUGACAACAUUCAUAUGUGUAUAAAACAUUUAGAGAAAAGACAAGAUACGAACAAUAAUAAAUAAGUGAAACAACGCAUAGUUUGCAUCGAUAAAAUUUGUCUCUAUGUAAUAACCAUAAACUCUGCCUAAUACGAUAAAGAUUACGUUAAUUAUGCACGGGCCAAAAUUUGCCAUACAAAGAAAGUGUAGUUGUUAUCAAGUGGUGUAAAAAUUUAGUUAUUCAGAAAUUUUUAUCCGGUUAAUAUUUCUGUACGGUCGCAUCAUUUCGUCUAGCCAUAUUGCUUACAGAUCAUGUGAACAAUGGUAUACAUUUGUGCUUCGUAAGGAUUUCUCAUUUUGGUGUGUCAUUUAAUCGCUUUAUUCGCUAAAGAAUACAUUGAACAAAGAAAGUAAAGAGUAAAAUCUAAAAAUGGUCCUAGUAAAAACGAAUGAAAGUACGUACCGAAUAAGAAUUAUUUUCAUUAUUACUGUUAUCAAUAUCGAAAAAAAACGAUAUACAGAUAUUAUUAUUAUUAUUCCUAAGUAAUUUGACAUCUACAAAA